AUGGUAUCAGAGGCUGGAUUAUCAAGGUGUAGGCCAGCUGUCAUUCCAAUCGAACAGAAAGUCAGGCUAACUACAGCAGAUCAUGCUGGGGGAACAUUUCAGGAUGAUCCUAUACUACAGGAUCCGACGAGUUACCAGAAGCUCGUUGGAAAACUCAUAUACCUGACUAUGACCAGGCCUGAUAUCUCAUAUGCGAUGCAGAAUCUGAGUCAAUUCAUGCAUAAACCGAAAGAAUCUCACAUGAAUGCCACUCUGAAGGUGGUCAAGUAUUUGAAGGGAUGUCCAAGACUCGGAAUACUUUUAUCCAGAAAAUGCAAUAUGGAAAUGACAGCAUAUUGUGAUGCGGACUAUGCGACAUGUCCUAUGAGUCGAAGAUCCAUAACUAGCUUCUGUAUCAAGCUUGGAGAUUCCCUCCUCUCAUGGAAAACCAAGAAGCAAGCAACAGUUUCUCUAUCAUGA